AUGGAGAAGAUCUUCAAGCAGAAUUUUAACAUUAGAGAAGGAGAGAAGUUGUUCAAGGCUUCCCAAUGCUAUUUGUCAACAACAGCCGGUCCUAUAGCAGGCCUCCUCUUUAUCUCAACCGACAAGGUUGCUUUCUACAGUGAGAGAGCAAUCAAAUUGUCAUCUCCGAAUAGGCAGCCAGUUCGAAUCCAUAACAAAGUCGUGAUCCUACUAGUAAAGAUAAAGAGAGCCAAUGAGAGCCAAAACACGAAGAGACCAUCGUGGGAGUACAGAGAAAUAGAAACUGUGGACAAUUUUGAUUUCUGGUUCAUGGCAUUGCUGAAUUAUCGCAGAACCUUCAAAUAUCUUCAAGGGACUCUCUCAAUCUCAGCUCAAUACUUACAACUUGAUCAGAAGUGA